UUAAACGGAAAUCAUAGGGCAAGUGCAUCUGUGGCUAAAUGACAAACAGGAAUUGUUGUUUACUGUAUGCAUAUUGGGAUCAAUGUAAAUUGUUCGUAGCUGUACAGUAUUGUUUCUGUAAACCGCAUUUAAUCCAAAAAGAAACCGCACUCGAGUAGUGAUUGAGUGCCUAUGUUUGACUGAAGUCAAAUGCCGUGUUGAGGCUAACUAGCCGAGCUAAUAGUUAGCUAUCCAGUUUGUGUUGACGCCGUUCUGGCCCUGGCUGGGAUUAGCCGGGGACCAGUGAAAUCAAUUUGCUAGCGUUUAUUUUUGGAAUAUCUGAGGAUAAACGUUGCAAGAACGAUUGACAUUUUACACAUACAUUUUUGGCGUUUAAAGUGAAAUAUCAGUAAGGUAACCAUGGCUGUCGUCAACGAAGGUGCGCUGAAGAAGAUGCUAAAGCAAUACAAGUACAGGGACUUGACUGUCCGGGAAAUAACCAAUGUCAUCUCGCAGUACAAGGACCUGAAGCCUGUGAUGGAUGCCUAUGUGUUUAACGAUGGGUCCUCCAGAGAUCUGAUGAGCCUGACUGGAACAGUACCUGUCAGCUACAGAGGUAAUGUGUACAACAUCCCUGUGUGUCUGUGGCUGUUGGACACUUACCCAUACAACCCUCCCAUCUGCUUUGUGAAGCCCACCAGUACCAUGAUGAUCAAGACGGGCAAACACAUCGAUGCCAACGGCAAAAUCUACCUGCCUUACCUGCAUGAAUGGAAACAUCCCCAGUCAGAUUUGUAUGGGCUGAUCCAGGUGAUGAUUGUGGUUUUCGGGGAGGAGCCCCCUGUCUUCUCCCGGCCCACCACCCAGCCCCCUUACCAGGCUUUCCAGGCCACAGGCCCACCUAACCAGUCCUACAUGCCAGGGAUGCCAGCGGUGUCUCCCUAUGGGCCAAAUCCCAACCCAGGAGGGUAUCCUGGCUACCCAUAUCCUGGUGGCACCUCCUAUCCUUCUACAGCUGGCCCAGGUCACUAUGGUGGUCAGACACCAGGACCUGCUGUGGGGCCAAACCGUGAUGGCACCAUUGGCGAGGACACCAUCCGGGCAUCACUGGUGUCUGCGGUAAGCGAUAAGCUGCGCUGGCGGAUGAAGGAGGAGAUGGACCGUGCCCAGGCUGAGCUUGAUGCUCUCAAGAGGACUGAGGAGGACCUGAAGAAGGGUCACCAGAAGCUCGAGGAAAUGGUAUCUCGCCUGGACCAGGAAGUGGCUGAGGUUGACCGGAACAUAGAUCUUUUGAAGAGGAAGGACGAGGAGCUGAGCGAAGCUCUGGAGAAAAUGGAGAACCAAUCUGAGAACAAUGACAUUGACGACGUCAUUAUCCCCACGGCGCCCCUCUACAAGCAGAUCCUGAACCUCUACGCCGAGGAGAACGCCAUCGAGGACACCAUCUUCUACCUGGGAGAAGCGUUACGGCGUGGAGUCAUCGACUUGGAAGUUUUCCUGAAGCAUGUGCGCCUGCUGUCCCGCAAGCAAUUCCAGUUGCGUGCACUGAUGCAGAAAGCCCGCAAGACCGCGGGCCUGAGUGACCUCUAUUGACCUUGCUGGCUGUGUCCCCCUCUCUGGUCAACGCUGUUUUUUGUGUGUGGAGGGGGUGCCCAGUGGCACUGUCUCUCCCUCCCUCCCUCUCUCUGUAGCUGUGCUCUGAAAUCACCUAUUCUGUUUGUUCUCUGUUUUCUCUCUCUCUCUCUCAUGUGACUAGCCAAGUGGGUUCAUCUGGACACACUAGCUAAACAACAACAACAACAAAACAUGUUGUGGAUUCCUCUUUUUGACGAGACACUGGACAACUUAAAGGAAUGAAUGACUUUCAUGUGUUUGCUCUUCAGUGAUUUAGAGCUUUUUAAUGCCAUCACUUCCUCUUUGGACAUGGCUGAAAAUUAGAUGGGUAUUUUCCAAAGUUAGCUGCUUUUUUGGAUUACAUUGUUCUCAUUUGUGUGGUGGUCCUAAUCAGCCAAAUACCUUUAUUAGCUAUGUGAAUAAAAAAAUAUAUAAUGUAAUAUUUUGAGAUAUUGUUUUUGGCCAAACCAGUCAGUACACUCCAGAACAGCAAGCUUAGUCUUAGUCAAACCGUAAGACUACAGACUGCUAAGUGAACCUUCAUUUGUACCUAGAUAGCUAGGUCCCAGAUUUAUCAUGAUGCAAGGUGUCUUGUGGAUUUCAGUGUGCUAUGCAUUUCAAUGCAGACAGCCUUAGCUCAGGUUUCAAAAUCCUAAGGCAACUUAAUAUCCUGACCCCACCUCCUCCAACUGCUUGUCAGCACCCACAUUUUCUUUGAAGAAAUUGGUGACUUUUAUACUGUAUGUUUCACAACUUAAAAUAUAAGAGAUUAACACCGGGUACAAAAUUGUUAGUUGAUAUAUUUAUAUGGCAGGAUAGGUUUUUUUUUUUCUUCAUGCACUUUUGAAUUACAAGGUUGUAGGCAUUUGGUGAUGGGAUUUGUUUGAGAGGAUGUCCUAAGUUCAAAAUAAUGUUUUGGAACAUCUGUAGUAAUAAAUCAGUGACACACAAA